AUGGCUAACGAAGCAGCAAGACUUGCUCUUGAACAGGCAGAAAGGGAUAGAGCCAGAGACGGCGAUGAACAGGGUGAAAGAGCAGCUGCAAGGGCACAAGAACAACGGAUUCUUUUAUCCAGUUAUGCUAGGCCUAGUCUGGCAACUAUUGCUAAGGCUAUUGUUAGGCCUGACAUUACUGGAAAUUUUGAGCUAAAAGAAGGAACAGUGCGGCUGGUGCAACAUACGUGCCAGUAUAUGGGUAAGUCUAGUGAAGACCCGCAUAAGCACUUGAUGCAGUUCGUGGAGUUGAGCGAGAAUUUCCAAUAUAGAGAUGUUCCCGAUGAUUAUGUGAAGCUGUCCUUAUUUUCGUUCUCACUGAUUGGCGAAGCGAGGGAAUGGUUGACGAAUCUACCUGCAGGUUCUAUCACUUCUUGGGAGAUAUUAUCAAAUAAGUUUAUCGACAGGUUCUUCUCACCCAAGAAAACAAAGGAGCUGCGAGGAAGAAUUGCUAACUUCACUCAGAGAGAUUCCGAAUCUCUACCACACGCUUGGGAGAGGUAUAAGGGCUAUCUGCGAGAUUGCCCCCAUCACAUGCAGCCAAAGGAGAUCAUUGGCAACUAUUUCGUAGAAGGUCUUAACCAUGAAUCAAGGGCCCUGUUGAAUGCUUCAGCUCAAGGGCAGAUCUUAAACAAAACAUAUGAAGAGAUGGAAGAUCUCCUUGAGAUGAUGUCUGAGGGUCAUCAUGAAUAUCACGAGACUAGCCGGGGGUUACCACAAAAAGCUGCUGGGGUUCUUAAAGUUGAUGAUGUUGCAGCUAUUCGGGCUGAUAUAGGUACUCUUACUAACGUGAUGUUGAGGGUGUUUCCUCAAGCUCAGCAGAUUCAACCAGUUCAACAUAUUCAGCAGGCAGCAUGUGUAAGUUGCGGUGAGCCUCAUGAUUAUAACAAUUGUCCAUUGAAUCCAGAGUCCGUCUAUUUUGUGGGACAGCAGAAUCGUGGUAUUGGAAAUCGGGGAAACUAUUAUGGAAAUAAUUACAACACUCCAUUUGGGAAGCAGGAUUUCCACAAGCCGAACAAUUAUCAGCAACCUCAAGCUCAGCCAGCUAGCAAUUUAGAGGAGAUGAUGAAGCAGCUCAUUGCUCAAAAUCAAGUGACGCAGCAGCAAAAUCAGAAAAUUCAGAGUGAGAUGCAGAAAUCUAUUCACGAGCUUGAGCGUCAGAUGGGGCAGAUGGCUCUUAUGCAGAAUGUCAGACCUCCGGGUGCUCUUCCUAGUGAUACUGAAAAGAAUCCAAAAGAAUGCAAGGCAGUCACCUUGAGGAAUGGUAGAGAGCUAGAAGAAGUGCCAUCGAAAAAGAAGAUUAUAGCAGAGGCAGAACUUAUCCCUGCUAAGCGAGCUGAACCAAAGCAAACAGUCGCAGAGCAACAUGUAGAGGAAGUGGUACACAUCAACAUACCUUUGGUGGAGCUUUUGCAAGAAGUCCCAAAAUAUGCUAAAUAUAUUAAAGAUGUGGUUGCGAACAAACGGCGUUGGACAGAGUUUGAGACUGUUGCACUUACUGAGGAGUGCAGUUCUAGAGUGAGGAGUAAAAUUCCUCCAAAGUUGAAAGAUCCGGGCAGCUUCACAAUUUCGAUUACGAUUGGCAACAUUGAAGUUGGGCUAGCAUUGUGUGAUUUAGGUGCUAGUAUUAAUCUGAUGCCCACCUCUGUAGGCCCAUUUAUUCUGCCGGUUGAUUUUGUGAUACUUGAUUAUGAGGCAGAUAAGAGUGUUCCUCUCAUCAUGGGGAGAGGAUUCUUGGCUACUGUUGAUGUUGUGAUCCGAGUGAAAGAUGGGAAGAUGUCCAUGACAGUUAAUGGACAAGAGGCGACUUUUGAUGUGUUUAAAGCUACCAAGCUUCCGGCCCCCAUUAUGAGGAGUUGA